UAGAUUCUGAAGUAUUGGUUUACUCUCUUUUCCCGUAUAAGGUGCUCUAUCUUUGGACCGGUACUAGAGUAAACAUCGCAACGCCAUCCGCUCAAGGUCGCUGUUUCCCCACGUGGCGGGCCCUGCAUACACCAUCCCGCUGCUGCCCCACCGAGGGGUAGUUAGGUAGCUCUUGCGGUUGGAAGCUAUACAACACAACAUAACACAGCUUCAGCAUUCUCCACAAACACACCAAAUCUCGAUUCUCUCUCCCCACAGCAGAAGCCGUCGAGGAAGCCGAAAAAUACAAUCAACAUGGCAGACGUAAACCUCAAAGAAGUCCACGACUUCAUGAUCAUCAUCGCCAAACAAGCCGGCUCGCGCAUAACCUCCGCAACACCAACAACACAAGCCUCAGGCUCAAAGAAGAACUCCGUCGAUCUAGUAACCGAAACCGACCGCGCAGUCGAAACCCUAAUCUCCACCUCCCUCUCCACAAAAUACCCCUCCUACGCCUUCAUGGGGGAAGAAACCUACAAGCCAGGCGACACGCUCUCCGCCACUCCCACAUUCAUAUGCGACCCCAUCGACGGAACCACAAACUUCGUUCACCGCUACCCCUACGUCAGCAUCUCGUUAGGACUCGCCAUAAACCGGGAGCCUGUUGUAGGCAUUGUGUAUAAUCCUUUCACUUCAACGCUGUAUUCGGCGAUAAAGGGCCAAGGCGCGUUUCUGAACGAGAGUACAAGAUUGCCGCUAGCCGAGCCGACGAAGUUGGACGGGUUGAGUAGUUGUCUUGUCGCCGUGGAGUGGGGGAGUGAUAGGAGUGGGAAUGAUUUUAAAGUCAAGUCUGAAACGUUUAAGAAGCUCGCUGCUACGAAAGAGAAUGGUGGGGGUAUGGUGCAUGGAUUGCGGUCGUUUGGUUCUGCGGCCCUAAAUCUUUGUGGCGUGGCGAGUGGUGGGCUGGAUGUUUACUGGGAGGCCGGAUGUUGGGCGUGGGAUGUUUGUGCCGGAUGGGUUAUUCUGAAGGAGGCGGGUGGUAUUAUGGUGGAUGCGAAUCCGGGGAAUUGGGAUCCCAAGGUGGAGGGUCAGAGGUAUAUGGCGGUUAGAGGGGGCGAGGGGCAGAAGGAGAUUGUGGAGGAGUUUUGGGGGUUGGUGGAGGGGGCUUUUGAGGUUGGUACGUGAAGAAUUAGAUUUUGAGGUCAUGUAGAUUUCUGUGGUUUCUAAUGCUUCUAACAAAUUUAUGACUCUGUUUUGAAGAGGGUCGGAGGUUCAUGAACAGACGGUGUUACCAGGAAUAUCUAUGUUCGAGGUAACAUGCCCAUUCGCAGAAUGAAGACCACUUAGUAUGGAAAGCAAUACUCAUAGUUUGCGGCUUAGCGAUAGGAAGAGCAAGUGCAUCUUGAU